GUGGCACACAGGCACACGUACAACCUUGCGUUGCAAACCAUCGCCGUCGCAUCAGAUGAACCAAGCUUCGUUUGCCAAGAAGCCGGAGGAAGCUAAGGCAGCCAUGGUCAAGGCGGCGGCGAGCAUUGACAACGCAGCGGCGACGAAGCACGGCGUCAAGAGGACGUACAAGGGCGUGCGGAUGCGGAGCUGGGGCUCGUGGGUGUCGGAGGUCCGGGCGCCGGGCCAGAAGACGCGGAUAUGGCUCGGCUCCCACUCCACCGCCGAGGCCGCGGCGCGCGCGUACGACGCCGCGCUGCUCUGCCUCAAGGGGUCCGCAGCCGCCGCCGACCUCAACUUCCCCGUGCGCCUCCCGUUCGACCUCCCCGCCGCCGCCAUGUCACCCAAGUCAAUCCAGCGCGUCGCCGCCGCGGCCGCGGCCGCCGCCAGCGCCGGCACGGCCUUCGCGGCCUGCGUCGAAAAUGACAAUGCCUGCAGCGACGACACUCCGGCGUGGAGCAGCUCGCCCAGCGAUGCCUCAGCGGUGAGCUCCCCGGAGUCGACGGUCAGCAGUGAGACUGAGGCAGCCCACGACAGCGGCGACGUGGACUACAGCUUGCUAGCCGACAUCGACGCGUUCUUCCAGUCGCCCAAGUGCAUGGAGUACGCCAUGAUGGACCCCUGCAGCGCUUUCUUUGCGCCGGCGCCGAUGGCCAUGGACGACGGCGGCUGCUGGGAGGAGGGUGACAUUGCGCUCUGGAGCUUCUCUACUCUGUGACUGAAAUGGCGUCAAAGAAGUGGAAGCAAUUUAGUAACUGACUAAUCGGUGAUAAGUGGUCAAAACUGGUCAUGGAUGGCACGAUAAGUAUAGUAAAUUUCACAUAUAUGAUAAUUUAGUUCGAUGUAAACAUUUGUAAUAAGCUAAUUAAGCAUUGUAGGGGGAGUUCUCAUGCCGCUACAUGUUUUCAUGUAGCCUACAUGGAGUUGACCUCCUUACAAUUGCUUGUUUAUGUGUAAAAGCAGCUUUGCAAGUGUAAUUGCACCAAGGAAUUACUAUUUUAAAACGUGCCUUUUUAAAAUAAUAAUUCCAAGAGCUCUAGCUUUCGCUUA